AUGACCAUCUCAACAACCUCCAAUCCAAAAAUCUGGACAAAAGCCCCCUACAUAAUCUCAACUGACGCCUCCCAAAUCUCACCAAUAACCCUAAACACAUGGUUCGCCAGCGAAGAAGUAUACUGGGCGAAACCAAUGCCGGAAGCCGCCAUGCGCGCGACUCUCCAAAACUCCCUCUGUUUCGGACUCUACGACCAAACCCCGAAUCCGAAAGGAACCCCAACGCAGAAUUCCAUCCUCAUCGGCUUCGCCCGCUGCAUAACAGAUACAACGACAUUCGUCUACCUCACAGACGUCUUCAUUCUCCCCGAACACCAAGGCAAAGGCCUAGGCACUUGGCUUAUAGCCUGCGUGCAGGAGGUUAUUGAGAGUAUGCCGUAUUUGCGGAGAUCAAUGCUUAUUACGAGUGGAUGGAAGCGGUCUGUGCCGUUUUAUGAGAAGCUCUUGGGUAUGGAAGUCUCGGGGGGCCAGAUGGGUGCCGACGGACACGGUACGGGGUUGGCUGUUAUGAUCAGGAAGGGGAAGGGGGCGCCCGGUGUUUGA